CAAUGGCAAAAAGGAAGUAAACAUUUGCUCGCUUAGAGAAGAGGGCUUUUCUAAAAAAAGUGGAGUAUAUGACGAAGUUGAAGUUCGCAGCCAAUUGCAUGAACUUUUUCCCAGAGCAGCAGAAGGACUUUUUGCGAGCAACGAAAAAGAUGGUCCUUGGGAAGACAAAAUAGGGCGACAUAUCCAAUCAAAAUUAGACCAUGAUACAUAUAAACCAGUGAAAGAAGUUGAUGUGGAAAUAAUUGACGGCCAAGACGGCAAUAUGUAUCUUUAUGUGGGUGAAAAAAAUGAUAAUGGUGGAAGGGAGAUUAAAAUUGGCAUUACUAAAAGCGAAGGAGGAAUGGCAAAGAAAUUGACCGCACCGCCAGGGAUUAUGCCGAAAAUAUUUGGAAGAAUUGCGGGAACGCCUAACCAAAAAGACCCCGAACAACAAAAUUAUCAUAAAAUUAUUGAAAAACUACCCACUCAAUCUCUUUCUUUAAGUGAAUUACAAAAUAAUAAUACUAAUUCAAAUUCUAAUAAAGACAAUAAAAGUCUCUAUAAGGGUCUAGCAAUUGGGGCUGUUGUAGUUGUCUUAAUAACCGGACUAAUUGCUUAUUGGGGCGGUUCGGCGGCUACUAAUUGUAGCCAUAAAUCUUACAAUCCUAACAACCUGGGAGUAAAAAUAUUCGGCGGUCAGUCGGUGAAAAAAGGCAGCAUAAUUAUUCGCCAACGUGGAACCAAAUAUAAAGAAGGUCAAGGAGUAUUUUUGGGUAGGGAUUAUACCAUUCACGCUCAAUAUGACGGAGUG